UUCAUAAUCUUGUUGCAUGUUUAACUAAAUCAAUAUGGCCCGAAUGAACCGCCCAGCUCCUGUGGAAAUCACCUACAAGAACAUGAGAUUCCUGAUCACACAUAAUCCAACCAAUGCAACCUUAAACAAAUUUAUAGAGGAACUUAAGAAAUAUGGUGUUACCACAGUGGUAAGAGUGUGUGAAGCUACUUAUGACACUGCUCCGGUGGAAAAAGAAGGCAUUCAGGUUUUGGACUGGCCCUUUGAUGAUGGUGCUCCACCAUCCAACCAGAUUGUUGAUGAUUGGCUAAACCUCCUUAAAGUUAAAUUUCGUGAAGAACCUGGUUGUUGUAUUGCUGUACACUGUGUUGCUGGUCUUGGAAGAGCUCCAGUCUUAGUUGCUCUUGCACUGAUAGAAUGUGGAAUGAAGUAUGAAGAUGCAGUGCAGUUCAUAAGACAGAAGCGGCGUGGAGCUUUCAACAGCAAGCAACUUCUGUACUUGGAGAAAUACCGCCCCAAGAUGCGUCUGCGCUUUAAAGACUCCAAUGGUCACCGAAAUAAUUGUUGUAUUCAGUAAAGCUCAACAGCCUAUAGUACUUCUUUGGGAAUAAAGAAUGGAAACUAGAAUUAAGCAGACUGUAUGCCAAGAACAUCAGUCUGGUAUUUUUUAGUAGUAAAGGAAGCUUCCUUAGGAGUAUUUAUUAGGCUAAAGGCUCAGUAGAAAUGCAACUUGUAUGUUUAGCUAAAUAUGUCUAUUUGGAGACCCAGUAAAUGUUUUUGCUGUACCCUGUUUCUGAGCUGUCUCCUUGUUCAUUAAUUAUCAGAUCAAAUAUCCUUUAAUCAUGCCAUUGAGUCUUACUGACCUAGUUUUAACUACUAAAAAUUGGGGUACUAAAAUAAAUCAAUAUGUAGAGAGAUUAGGUGCCAAAAUACCCAGCAUAUCAGCUACAUGUUUUUCCUUAAAAUGAGCAUAGUUCUGAUGAUGUGAGAACUACCAGCUUAUCUGGACCUUACUAUCUUUUUUUCUACAGUCAUUUCAAUAUUGAAGAAUAUGGCCUCUAAAGUAGUUUUGCCUGCUCACUGUAUGUUUUGUCUCCCACAAUCGCACUAGAAUUGUCAGGAUUUGCACAGUCUGUCUUUUUAAUACUAUGAAUUACAGCAACUUUUUACCCCUGCAUCUGUACUUUUCUGUUACCUGAACCUUUCCAUAUUACAAGUCAUUACUCUGGUUAUUCAUGUAGAAGAUCUUUUAAAUUGUACAGAAGCACACAAGUCUUUAAUGUCUCCAGACAAAAAGCCUUACAGUAAAAUUAAUGUUGGCACUUCAUGUGCAACUUAACAGAGGGCCUGAAAAGGUUGGGAGGGGCUAUUUAAUAUUUCUAGUAAAAUGUUGCCUUUGUCUUGUGCAGGAAGUAUAGAAUAUGCCCUUUACUUUAGUAAAUAUUUUUUUAAAAGGUAGAAAUGCUUUGUUAUUGUAGCUAAAAAUUCUUAAUCAGAAAAUUUCUGAAAAAUCUUGUAGUUUUCUUUUACUGUACCUAUUGAGAGUUGUUUACCAACUAUUGCUUUGUUGAAAGUGUGAUCUUUUUCUUUUCUUUUCGUUUUUCUUCCUUGAGUUUCUGCUAUGACUUGGGCAGACCUCUGUAAUAUUUUGUAUGCCUUUAAAGCUGCGUAACUUAAUAUUUGGAUACUUGAUAAUUUGUUUUAUUAUGUAAUUGAUAAAAUGGUGAUGUGUAUUAAUGUUAGUUCAACCAUAUAUUUAUACUGUCUUGGGAAUGUGUGGUUAUAGUUCUGUGGGAGAAAUACUUUUGCCAGUGUUCACCAGCUUGUAAAAUCUAGUGCGAGAGCUUAAAACAUCUAAAUAAAUACUGAAAUGCACUUACGAAGUUUGCUGAAAUGCUCAUCACUUUCACUUACUUUUGUGUACUUUGUCAGCAAUCUCUAGGUGCCUAAAUUCAAAAUCUAGUCAGGCAUCUGUUUUCUUUUUUUUUAAAAUCUGGGCCUGAACGUCCCCUUUGCUGUAAUGUUUGCUGUUUGUUUUACUCAUAAAUAAACGUGGACAAAAAUUAA